GCAGGGCGGAAGGUCAGUCUGUUCUACCAGCCGGACCCCCUCCCGGCGCCACCACCCAAGUGGAACGAGCGGGUCCUCCUCGAGCCGGCCUCGGAGAUGGCGAUGCAGAAGUGCACGGGCGAGUCCCUGUACAAUGGGGGCAUGGUCUGGUGGGUGCUCACCCCGGACGGGGACGUUUACCCGGAGGAGCUGGCGGCGCCUCCGCUGGAGGGUAUCGCGUACUACGACGACGCGGAGGCUGAGAAGGAAUGCGUUUACAUCCCAGGCGACAUCACGAUCGGCUUGGGCUCCUACUGGUUUGUCAAGCGAGGCGCCAAGUUUCUGAUACUGCAGGAGGUGCUGCGGCAGGACACGGGUAUGAUCAAGUUGCUCCGGGAUCAGGAGACCGAUGCGAGGGUCAUUCCUGUGAAGUGGAGGUCGGCUCAACAGCGCGGCCGCAACUUCCGCGAGGCCAUCUCGCUCCAAGAGUUCCACGACUUCGGCGACUCACCGCUGCAGGGCGACGUGAGCCUCCCGUGGUUGCUCACCGAGGUUGCCCAGUCCGCCGAGGGGAUGGUGACGCGCCACCACACGUGGCUGUCGGCUAGCGGCAUCCCGAGCGGCGACCGCAGCAUCCACGAGCACUUCGUGAUCUCCAAGGUCUUCGACCUCGCGAUCGAGCUGGACCAGUUGAACACGAUGACCUUGACCUCUUUCGAGCUGCUCGGGCGACGCCUGCAGCUCAUCGAGCAGGCCCACGUGUACAACCCCAGCAACCCCGACUACAGCAACUCGGACGACUUCAUGGGCUGGGGCGUGCAGCGUGGUGCCGCUCUGGUGGCGCCUUCUAUCAAGGAGCGGGCCGCCGACGCAGCUCGUGAUCGGGCAGCAGUUCUGAAGGGGGGGCGGAAGCUCGACGAGGAGAUCCGCUUCCGGAAGCCGAAAGGUGACUUCGGCUCCGAGGGAGCCGUGCGCGCGCUCCUCGGGACAGACUCCGCGUACGGUGGCGAGUCGACCUUGGUGCAGUCCUACGACCGGAACCUUCUCAGCAUCCCCCACGUGGGGGCGGAGCCCGUCCCUGUUAAGGAGAUGUUGCCGCCGAAGGUUCGCUGUUGUCUCGAGGACCUGAACAACAUUCUGCUCGAUGAUCAAGAGUGGGGCGCCGUGUGUGAGAAGGCGGACCCCAUCAACCUCUACAUGGAUCCGAAGCUUCGCUACUCCAAGAAGGCCUAUUUUCAGUUUGUCCGAGACUGUCAUUCGGCAGGUCUUAUCCGCUGGGCGCCCUUGGUACGCGGGCGAGUCACUGUCUUCUGUGUUGCCAAGAAGACGGGCAAGCAGAGGCUCGUGGUGGACUGCCGCGCCACCAACAGGCGCUUCCGGCGGUGUCCUUAUUUACCUAUGGGUACCGGCUCGAGCUGGGGAGAGAUUCUCCUGGAGGACGACGCCGACCUCUGGGUGAGCCUGUCGGACAUCAAGGACUACUUCUACGCCUGCGGCGUCGACGAUGACCUCUCCAGCUAUUUUUGCCUCGACGACGUCCCAGGUUGGCUCGUCUCCGAGCUGGAGGGCAACGACAGCCGCUUUAGCCAUUUCUACGGGCGUGACGCAGUUGCGCCCGCCUUUCGAGUGCUGCCCAUGGGCUUCAGCUGGAGCUUCUACCUGGCGCAGAUCGUCCACUCCUCCGUCGUCAAGGGGGUGCUUCCGGACACCGCCGGACUGGUACUACAGGAUCGUCAGCCUGGCCCGACGAUUGGGUCCCGCGGCCUCGUGUCGCUGCCGUACUGCGACAACCAUGCCACUGGGGCGGGCUCCCCGGAGCUUGCCGACGGCGCUCGGAUCGCAGUGGCUCGCCAGCUCACGGCCGACGGCUUCGCCGUCCACGAGGAGGAGGACGCCUCCCUCUGGGCCGAGAGUCUCGGCUUCGCCAUCGACGGCUUGACUGGCGAGGUGGGGCCUACGGCCAAGAGGGCCGCCCGUCUUGCCGCCGCGGGCCGCUGGCUUGCGCGUCGCCCGAAGAUCACGGGCGUGAUGCUUGGGCGCUUCUUGGGGCACUGCACUUUCCAGCUCAUGGGCGAGCGCUCCCUGCUGAGCAUCUUCGGUUCGUGCUACCGCUUCGUCAGGGUGCAUUACAAGCAGAAGGUCCGCUUGUGGCAGUCCGCCGCGCGGGAGUGUGAGUGGCUGUCAUCUUUGGUCCGCUUUGCUCGUACCAACCUCCGUCGGCCGUGGAGCCCCACUGCCCGCGUGUUCGACUCAUCGGAGACAGGCCUCGGGAUCGUCCAGGGCAUUUUCGACGAGAAGCUCAUAGCCAGCACUGGCCAGUACAAUGGGCGGUGGCGUUUCAAGCAGCCCCAU